AUGGCUUUGAUUGCAAACCCAAACAACAAGCACAUUGUGCCUUCGCCCCAGAUCCCGUUGGAGCUCUCCUUCAACUCAGCCCUGGCUUCUCUGGCCAAAUGGUAUCCUCCACGAUCCCCAGACCGCGACUGGUGGUGGCAGACCAUGGGAAGCCACCUCGAGACCAUGCUCUCUGCUGCUGGUUAUUCUAUCACUGACCAGUUCGAAGCCCUUCACUUCUUCUAUCAUUUGGUGACGCCCCGUCUUGGUUCCAAACCAAGCAGCCCUAGGGCCAAAUGGAAGAGCUUCAUGACAGACGACUACACUCCUGUUGAGUACUCUUGGAAAUGGGGCUUUGGCAACGACGCUCCUGAGGUGCGUUACAGCAUUGAACCCAUUGGGCACUAUGCUGGCGCAUCUCCAGAUCCUCUUAACCAAACCGCUACCUGUGACUUCCUCACCCAGCUAUACAGUAGCGGCCUUCAAGGUCUCGAUCUAGAAUGGUUCAACCACUUCAAACAUGCCCUCCUGGGUCCCGGAACCCCGGCGUCUAAGACUGAUGUCGUUAGCCAGUCCACCCUCUUCAUGGCCUUCGAAAUCGCCAAUGGCCCCGUGGGCGUCAAAGCUUAUUUCAUUCCUGUGGAUGCACCCGGAAACAAAGUCAGUGAUCAGAUUUCGAGAGCCAUCGCCUCUGCCGGCUCUCCCGAUCUCCCCGCCAUCAACGUAUUGUAUAGCUUCCUCCGCAAUGAUACGCACGGUCGAACCAUCAGCCCCUUCAUGUUGGGCAUAGACUGCAUCAGUCCCGCCGAGUCACGCUUAAAGAUAUACUCUCGUUCUCGUGUUACCACUUUUGACCUUGUUCGCCGCGUCAUGUCCGUUGGCGGUCAGCUCAAGGGCCUCAAUGAGGUUGAGAAAGAGCUACACCAGCUUUGGAAUCUGACUCUCGGGCUGCCUGACGACUACCCCACGGACAAGGAGCUCCCCUCCAAUUCUCACGAGACGGCAGGUGUGCUCUUCUAUUUCGACGUAGGAUUCAAGGCCACACUCCCUGAUGUCAAGGUCUACAUCCCCGUAAGACACUACGCUCCUACUGACGAGGUUGCUGCGAACGGAUUAGCCCAGUACCUCGAAAGCCAGGGUCGGGGUGCCUAUGUGCAACAGUAUCUUGAGAUUCUCGAUACCAUAGCGACGAAAGAUGGCACGAGUAACUCAAGCGGGGUACAGACUUACAUCUCAUGCGCUUACAAGAAGGGGAAGCUCGUCAUUACGUCGUAUCUUAGCCCCCAGUGCUACCACCCGUCAUGGUUCUAA